GUACCUUUUUUUUAUACCUAUAUAUAUAUAUUUUAAAAUGAGUAAUAAUACUAUAUCGAGUUCAACUUCAAAUUUUCUCCAAGUUCCAUCUACUGAUGGAGAUGCACCUCCAUCGAGAAGGAGAUUUGCUGGUAUUAUACCUAUACGACGACAUUCAACAGGAAGUAGACAUACUGGUACUUCUCCAGAGCCGCCUAGAAGACCUACAAGAAAAUCGACUAUUAUUCCACCUAUUGGACUUACAACGAAUCAAGAUCCACUACUGAGAUUAAGAGUAGUUGCUGGUCAUUCACUUGCGAAGAAAGAUAUAUUUGGUGCAAGUGAUCCUUAUGUAAGAAUUGAAUUGAACACUAUUGUUGGAAAUGUAGCAAUAGACUCAGUGUUAACUAAAACUAAAAAGAAGACCUUAAAUCCAGUUUGGAAUGAAGAAUUUGUGUUUCGAGUUCGUCCUCAUGAACAUAAAUUAGUUUUGCAAGUGUUUGAUGAAAAUCGUCUAACAAGAGAUGAUUUCCUAGGAAUGGUUGAAGUACCAUUGAAUAAUGUCCCAAAAGAAAUAAUUGGCAGAAAUAUAUGUAGUCUUCAAUAUGUAUUAAAACCUAGAAGUGCAAGAUCAAGAGUAAAGGGUUAUCUUGAGUUAUAUCUGGCCUACGUUCCAGAACAUGAACCUGGAACUUCUGGUCGUUUGUCUGCAGAUGGCGAAUGGGAAAUGAUUGAAAAUGCAGAAGUUUUAAACAUUUCUCACGCACCCUCUUCUUAUACACCAAAUGUUAUUGAGCCUCAAGGAGUUUUACCUUCUGGGUGGGAAGAACGACAAGAUGCUAAUGGAAGAACUUAUUACGUAAAUCAUUUGGCUAGAUCUACUCAAUGGGAAAGACCUACAAUAACAGAUCUACCUGAUGCAAAUACAAUUCAAAACUUGGCAUUAGCAGCUACAGAAUUUGAAAGAAGAUAUCAUAUCAGUGUAGAUACUCCAGAAACUGAUAAAGGUGAUCCUACUCGUAAAAAGGCUGUCCAAAGUGAUGCAGAUGAUGAGAGCGAUGAAGGUUAUGAAGAAUCAGAUCCACUUACUAACAUCGAUCGUCGACUUUCCAGUAUAUCAGCAACAGCCGAUCAGAAUCAGAGUGAUCAGGUCGAUUCAAAUGAACAAAGUAGUACCACUAUAGUUCAAGAAGAUAUUCCUGAAGGAUCUGAUGGUCUGCCGAAAGGAUGGUCUAUGCAAGUCGCUCCUAAUGGUCGAACUUUUUUUAUUGAUCAUAAUACAAGAGCUACAACUUGGGUUGAUCCUAGAACAGGUAGAGCAAGUUCUAUGCCUAAUCAAAGCCAACCACCAGCGGCUGAUCGUGUUGUAUCUACAUCAGCUUACAAUGAUGAAUUAGAACCAUUGCCAGAAGGAUGGGAAGAAAGAGUUCAUGCUGAUGGAAGAAUAUUUUUUAUUGAUCAUAAUACAAGAACAACUCAAUGGGAAGAUCCUAGAUUAAAUAACCCUAAGAUCGCCGGUCCUGCGUUACCUUAUUCUCGAGAUUAUAAAAGGAAGUAUGAGUCUCUCAAAACAAGACUGAGUAAAAUGGCUCAUGGGCCACCUGCUAAAAUGGAGAUUAAAGUACGACGAUCAAAUAUACUUGAAGAUUCAUUCAGAAUUAUUAAUUCUAUGCAUCCAGAUAAAUUAAGAGCAAAAUUAUGGGUUGAAUUUGAACAAGAAGUUGGCCUUGAUUAUGGAGGUCUAGCUAGAGAAUGGUUUUUCUUGUUGAGUAAAGAGAUGUUCAAUCCAUAUUAUGGCCUCUUUGAAUACUCAGCUAUGGAUAAUUAUACAUUACAAAUAAAUGCUAUGUCAGGAUUAUGUAAUGAAGAACAUCUUCAUUAUUUCAAAUUUAUUGGAACUGUAGCUGGUAUGGCUGUUUAUCAUGGAAAAUUAUUAGAUGCAUUCUUCAUACGGCCUUUUUAUAAGAUGAUGCUGGAAAAACCCAUUGAAUUGAAAGAUAUGGAAAGUGUAGAUUCAGAAUAUUAUAAUUCACUUUUAUGGAUUAAAGAAAAUGACCCUUCUGAAUUAGAUUUAACAUUUUCACUUGAUGAGGAUAGUUUGGGACAUACAUCUCAUAGAGAAUUGAAACCUGAUGGUGCAAAUAUUCACCUAACACAAGAAAAUAAAGAUGAAUAUAUAAGUUUAGUGAUUCAAUGGAGAUUUGUAUCCCGUAUACAAGAACAAAUGAAUGCUUUUCUACAGGGUUUUGGUUCUAUAGUACCUUUAAGUUAUAUUAAAAUAUUUGAUGAAAAUGAAAUGGAACUUUUAAUGUGUGGUAUUCAAAAUAUUGAUGUUAAAGACUGGAAAGAAAAUACUCAUUACAAAGGAGAUUAUUCACCCAAUAAUAUUGUCAUUCAAUGGUUUUGGAGGGGUGUUUUGUCAUUCAAUAAUGAAAUGAGAUCAAGACUUUUGCAGUUUGUAACGGGUACAUCUAGAGUUCCAAUGAAUGGAUUCAAAGAGUUAUAUGGAAGUAAUGGACCACAAUUGUUUACAAUUGAAAGAUGGGGCACCAAAGAAAAUUAUCCCAGGGCACACACCUGUUUUAAUAGGUUGGAUCUUCCACCUUAUGAAAGCUAUCAUGAACUGAGAAACAAAUUAAUUAAAGCAAUUGAAGGCUCACAAGGUUUUGCUGGAGUGGAUUAAUGUGAAUUCUGAACAGUAUAUACAAAUUAUAGGAGUUACCUUCCUUACAAGAGUCUACCAAAUGCAAAUCUAUGUUACAGUAACAUUACCCCUCCAGUGAUCACAUGUGAUAUGACUAUAACACUAAAGAUAAAUAUAAAUUUUUUUAAAUAAUAAUCAUUCCAAAAUGUAAUAUUAAAGGAUUGUAAUGUUAGUAUUAUGAUUUUAUAUAACUGUAAGAACAACAUUUUUAUGUCGCUUUUAUUAGCGAUGGCAAUAUAUUUUUAUAGAAUUUUUUUUAUUAUUUUUAUUGGGUUGAAUUCAUCAUCAGGGUAGUUUAGAAUAGCUAUCAGUUGAAUUUCUAUAGUGUAUAUACAUUUAUAAUUAUUCAUUUUUGUGUGACUUACAAGUUACAAUCACCAGUUUAAUUAUAAAGACUUAUUUGCUAAUAAAAUCAUAAGUUCUGUUAUGUCCUGUUUUUAAGAUGUGCAAUUUUAAAAAUCAUUAUAUUUCUGUAUACAAAAUAAUUAUUUUUUAUUUAUUUUAUAACAAAAAAAUAAUAAAAUAUUUUUAAUUGUUGAUAUAUUACUGAUUGGAAUUUAGAUGGAGGAUCUGAACUUCUUGGCCUAUAAAUGUUAUACUCUUUUUCUCAGAUUAGACUUAUAAAUUUUAAUCGGACAUAUUUUAAAUAUUUAAUAUUAAGCCAAAGAAAGAAAUGCAAAUAUUAAAUGGAAAUUGUGAUUCAUAAAUAAUAUAAAUAAUUUUCAAAUGGCAAUUAUUGUUUAAGAGAAGUAUGUAUUAGUAGAAUACAAAACUAGUCAUCGGGACAAUUUGCAUUUUACCAAUAUGAUUAUUUGAACCUUGUAACUUAUCAUGUUUAUCUAAACAGUAUUCAAACGGUUAGUAACUUGUGUAUUUAAUAUAGUAAUUGUUAGUUUCAUUGUAUGGAGAAAACAUUGCUGAGUAAAAUCAUAUUUUUUCAAUUUAUUAUUAUAACUAUUUUAUUUUUUAAAUUGUUUAUCAUAAAAAUUUGAAAAUUUUAGUGAUCCUACAUUUUUCAAUAUGUAAUAGUGUUUUAUAAAAUUAUUGUUAUUAUUUGUAUUUUUUUUCUGAAGUAUUUUUAUACUUCAUAUUUAUUAUAAUUUUUUUUUUAUUUUUGAACGAAAUUAUCGUUUUUAUAAAUAAUAUACAUUUAUGGUGUCACAAUUAUUUGUACCUUGUGACUUGAUUGAUACUUUUUGUUGUUAAAUAAUUGUACUUAAAGAAAACAAAUUAUAUUCAUAAACAUACACAACACUUGUGUGAACCAAAUUUAUUAUAAAUAGUACCAGACUACAGAAAUUGCACUGUCCUAAUAAAGUUUUAAAUAUAUACUUAAAUUCUAAUUAUCUUACGGAUAUAUUUAUGUUAUUUAUAAAGUGAUAGAAAUUUCAAUUAAGUGAGCAAAAUGAUGAUAUAUUUUAUACACCUAAUAUGUACUAUAUUUUUUAUUAUUAUUGAAGUUAAUAAUGUAUAAUAUACACAUUAAAGAACUAAUCAAAUAUUAUGUUUAUUUUGUUUUUGAAUAAAAUGUACAAAACUCAA